UUAUGAAAUCACGUCCCUAACAACCAAGCGUUGCUAUCCACCAUCUUGGAUUUUCGCUAAUGGCGUAAGAGCGGAACACAAGUUGAAGUUUCCAAACUUCUCACGCACGUUUACUGAUGUUCCGUGCGCCGAUUUAACUUUAUUUCAGCUCAGAUCCAUUUUUUGAUUAGGUCAAGAUGAGUUUUACGCCAAAGACGCCGCAAACGUCGCAGGGACGACAGUUCUCCGCCACCAGUGCGAGAUUACGCGGUCGGUCCAGCCAGGGGCCGCACAGAUACCCGCAGAUACAACAGAGAGGAUUCUACUCCGAUAUCCUCCCGCAUCAGGCUGAGAGAAAUCUGGGGAAUGUUUUAAGUGGGCCACAAACACAGCAGGACACACUAUGGAAUAUUGGGAAGGAAAAACACACUCCAAAAGUCACCACGUUCCAGACGCCCAAGGACAUGAAACCUCUGCUUGAGAAGCAGGUUUACGGCCCGACCACAGAGAUCCUGACCAAGUCAGACUUCCCGGAGAAAGCUUUCGCGCCCAAGGUGCAGCUGCCGUACUAUGUAGAGCCUGGGAAGACGCCCAGGAAGAUAGAGAUGGAAAGACAAAAGAGACAUUAUUCUAAACAAGACCUGAACGACCUGCUGACAAAUGAAGGCAUUGAUGUCACAAGACUCAUGCCGAAACAUGUCUCCAAGGAGCACAGAGUACAACUGAAUGCAUGUGACAAAGACCCAGCGCCAUUCCCCGCGUACCUCCCACUGGAUAUCUUCGAUAACACAGAGUACGACUGUCGUACGCCAGAGGAGUGGAUCAGGAUGGGGCUGGAGAAUGGUGUACAGAAACCCGUACCGGGCAGGGCGCUCUUACCUACUGUAGACAGCCUGGACAGAAAGGACCCAAAGGACCCCAACAUCUUCUACCACUGGUGCGAGGUGGGGGUGCUGGAGUAUAACCCUGACACACAGCUGUACCUGGUGCAAAAACUAGACAAGCACGGCAAACUGGCCAACAAACCGCUCCCUGAUGACAGUGUCUACACAAGAAAUGGUCCCCAGACGAGAAUCUUCAUGAGUAACCAGUACUGGAUCCCCAGAGUCCGGCUCAUGUUCUGUGCCGAAGACCCCGCAGUCUUCUCUAGAAGAGUCGCUGACGCCGUGAGGGCGCGAAAGCUGACGGAGUCCCUGAUUCGCUACAACCUGUACGUGGACUGCAUGCCGAUGGACGGCAUGGGGGAGGUGGAGCCAGCGUCAUUCCAGAAGAUGUUGAAGUGGGCCAGGGACACGCCUUUCCUUAAAGAUAAGAACUUGGACAACUACAUCGAGCGGUUGCGAAAGGAAGUGAACAUCGACUUUGCGCGCUCCAUGAACCGCAUGGUGUUCGACAAGGUCGUGGAACAGAACCCAGCCACGUUUGCGUACGUCACAGUGCCCGAGAAGGUGGCAGAGGUGGUCCCAGAGAAAGGAUCCUAUUCAGAUGUUCCAAGCUACCCUUUCAAGGAACAGAAGGACAGUUUUGAGUUCAACACUCUCCUGACCAGAGAGGAGAGCAUCCUGGCUAUGAUGAAGGUGCGUACGGAGUGUAACAAGGUGUCAGGCAUGUCCCUGUUCCACAUCCCCAUGCCCAAGUGCAUGAGGCUGGAGGAGUUCGAGCAGACCCAGGGACAGGCCAGCUCACAGGUCCAACUGUUCCUGAAGGAUAUCUGGAUCUCCACUCUGCGCGCCGCUAUCCGCACCAGCCUGCGUGACGUGGGGAAGGGCUGGUUCAACAUGCACGAGACUAACUGGGCCGUGUACCAGAUCUCAAAACUCAAGCGAUUCAUGGACAUGGUCAAGUUCUCCAUGCAGGACUCCCUGAGAUACCUGGUGCAGGAUUCCCUAGUGGCCUUCGUACAGAUGACACUCGACGCCUGUCACUCUGUCCUGGAACUGCAGGAAGACUUCGCCUGGGGCAACGACCUCAUCGUCUCCAAGUUCAAGCCCAAGAAGAAUGCGCUGUUCCUAGUUGACCUGGUCCUGGACAACCAGGGCGUCCAUUUCAGCACACCGCUGAACAGUUUUGACACCUCCAUGGUGGGGCUGUUCGACAAGGGCAUCUCUGCUACAGCUGCUGUGCCACAACUGGAGAAGUAUGUUCUGGAGGAUAUGUUCUGGUCCGGAACGCCUCUGCUAGAGUCAGUCGGCCAGCAUGAGCCAUUUGUGGAGGAGUUGAGAGAAACUCUGCGGAGAGCAAUCAGGAAGGCUUUCAUCCCGAUGAAGGCAUACGCACAGCAGUACGAGCAGUACCUGGAACUCAACGCCUUGGACAUCAACGCCUACAUCAAGGAGUUUGACUCCCAGGAGAACACAGCUGCGCAGGUGAAGGCUGAGGUGGACCUGCACCUGCGGGAAAAGGAGAAGAUCGAGAACACCAUCCCGUCCAGCGUGGUGAUUGGUCCGUUCUGGCUGAGCACGGACAGCGUCCGACAGAAUCUGGCCAAAAAGAGGAAGGCUCUCGCCAGUGCCGUGUUGGAACUGCUGGCCAAGAAGUUAGCUGUCCAGGCAAAUGAGGCCUGUGAAGCCUUCAAAGGCAUCUCCAGGAAGCUGUAUGACAAGCCCAACUCUAUUGAGGAGCUGGCAGAACAGAGGGAGUGGAUGAAGACAAUUCCUGAGGCACUCAAGACACAUGAGGAGGCAAUUAACAAGGCCAUGACAGACUAUGAGCUGAUUGAAGAGUUCUACUACAACUUGUCGCAGGAUGACUUCAAUGCCAAGUGGACAGCGAUCGGCUGGCCGCACAAGAUCGUGGACCAGAUGGACAUGACCCUGCAGCAGCUGGAGGAGGAUGAGGACCGGUUCCGCAAGAUUCAGCUGUCUGACCAGAACAACUUCCAGGACAGACUGGACACACUACAGAUGGUUGUUGCCGGCUUUGCUGCCCACACGGACAUCAGCAAGGCCCAUGAGAUUGCCAACGAGGUGCGGCGCAUCAGCAAACAGCUGAAGGAGAGUCAGGAGCUGGCUCAGACCUACAACAACAGGGAGAGACUCUUCGAGAUGCCUGUCACUGAUUACCAAAAGCUUGCAAAGAUGGUGCGUGACUUCGAGCCAUACAGGAACCUGUGGCUGACCACGUCUGACUGGCUGAAGUGGCAUGAGAGCUGGAUGACCGAUCCGCUGACCACCAUCGAUGCAGAGGCUCUGGAGACACAGGUCAACAACUCCUACAAGACCAUGCACAAGUGUGUCAAGCUCUUCAAGGAUGUGCCAGGCUGCCAGCUGGUUGCCACGGAGAUGCGUACGGGAAUCGAGGAGUUCCGCCCGUACAUCCCGCUCAUCCAGGGCCUGCGGAACCCCGGCAUGCGUAACCGCCACUGGGAGCAGCUCUCCUCCGAGCUGGGCUUCCCUGUCCGACCCAAAGCCAGUCUGACCUUUAGCAAGUGUCUUGAUAUGAAGUUGCAGGACCAUAUCGAAGUCAUUGCUAAAGUCGCAGAGGUGGCUGGGAAGGAGUACUCCAUCGAGCAGGCCUUGGACAAAAUGGAGGCUGAGUGGGACCCCAUCAAGUUCGAGAUCAUCGCGUACAAAGAGACGGGUACGUACAUCCUCCGCAGUUCUGAUGAGUCGUCCCAGCUAUUGGACGACCACAUCGUGAUGACGCAGAGCAUGUCCUUCUCACCGUACAAGAAGCCUUUCGAGGAGAGAAUCACCACCUGGGAAUCCAAGCUGAAAAUGACACAGGAUGUUAUGGAUGAGUGGCUGUUGUGCCAGAGGUCCUGGCUGUACCUGGAGCCCAUCUUCAGCUCAGAGGACAUUAACCGCCAGCUACCUGUGGAGGGGAAGCGUUUCCAGACCAUGGACCGCAUGUGGAGGAAGAUCAUGAAGAACGCCAACGACAACCCACAGGUGAUCUCCCUGUGCCCUGAUGCUCGUCUCCUGGAGAACCUGAAGGAGUGUAACAAGCUCCUGGAGCAGGUGCAGAAGGGCCUGAGCGAGUACCUGGAGACGAAGCGCUCCGCCUUCCCAAGGUUCUACUUCCUGUCUGACGACGAGCUGCUGGAGAUCCUGUCGCAGACCAAGGACCCCAAGGCCGUCCAGCCGCAUCUCAGGAAGUGCUUUGAGAACAUGGCGAAGCUUCACUUUGAGGAGGACCUUGCCAUCACCAAGAUGUUCUCCACAGAGGGAGAGUGUGUUCCCCUGUCGGAGAAGCUCUACCCCACAGGGAACGUGGAGGACUGGCUGCUCGAGGUGGAGAGGGUGAUGAGGGAGAGUCUCAGAACCAUCAUUGGACGGUCCCUAGCAGUCUAUCCAGAUACAAAGAGAACAGAGUGGGUUCUGGAGUGGCCCGGACAAGUCGUCAUCGCCGGGUGUCAAACCUUCUGGUCUACGGAGGUGUCGGACUCUUUGGAAGAAGGGAAGCUGCCUGAAAGACUGGAUAUUCUUAUUGAGCAGUUGGCAGGGCUUGUAGGGCUGGUCAGGGGCAAGCUGUCCAAGAUGCAGCGUGAGAUCCUCUCGGCUCUGAUUGUGAUUGAGGUGCACGCCCGCGAUGUGGUCGCCAACAUGGUGGAACUGGAGGUCAAGAACGUCAACGACUUUGAGUGGAUCAGUCAGCUCAGGUAUUACUGGGUGACCGACAACCUGUACGUGAGAGCCGUGAAUGCGGAGUUCCCCUACGGUUACGAGUACCUCGGGAACACAGGACGUCUCGUCAUCACCCCACUAACUGACAGGUGCUACCUCACACUCACCGGAGCGCUCCAUUUGAAGUUUGGGGGUGCACCAGCUGGUCCAGCCGGAACUGGGAAAACUGAAACCACCAAGGAUCUGGGUAAGGCCAUGGCUGUGCAGUGUGUGGUGUUCAACUGUUCUGACCAGCUGGAUUUCAUGGCCAUGGGCAAGUUCUUCAAGGGUCUGGCCAGCGCCGGCGCGUGGGCCUGCUUUGACGAGUUCAACAGGAUUGACAUUGAGGUGUUGUCUGUGGUCGCUCAGCAGAUCAUCACUAUUCAGAAGGCCCAGCAACAAAAGUUGGACCGGUUCAUGUUUGAGGGAGUUGAGAUCGCCCUGAAGGCCGCCUGCGCCGUGUUCAUCACCAUGAACCCUGGGUACGCCGGCCGUACGGAGCUCCCCGACAACCUGAAGGCGCUGUUCCGUCCGGUCGCCAUGAUGGUGCCGGACUACGCCAUGAUUGCCGAGAUCUCGCUCUACUCCUUUGGGUUCUCGGACGCCAAGGUGCUGGCAAAGAAGAUCACCACGACGUUCAAACUGUCAUCGGAACAGCUCAGCUCACAGGACCACUACGAUUUUGGUAUGCGAGCGGUGAAGACCGUGAUCUCGGCAGCGGGUAACCUGAAGCGGGAACACCCUGACAUGAAUGAGGAGCUCAUCUGUCUGCGUGCCAUCCGGGACGUCAACGUGCCAAAGUUCCUGGUGGAGGAUCUCAAGCUGUUCACAGGUAUCGUGUCGGACUUGUUCCCGAAGAUCAAAGAGGAGCCAAUCGACUAUGGCACGCUGGACUCAUCACUGGUUGCCAGCUGUGAGAAACUGGGCAUCAAGGAUGUCCGAGGGUUCAUCACCAAAUGUAUUCAGCUGUAUGAGACCACAGUGGUGAGGCACGGUCUCAUGUUGGUUGGCCCGACCUGUUCAGGGAAAACCAUGUGCUACAAGACACUGCAGGCUGCCAUGACAGCCCUAAAGGGAGAGCCGGCAGUGGGCGGGGGUGUGUACGAGGCUGUGCACGUGAACGUGGUGAACCCCAAGUCCAUCACCAUGGGUCAGCUGUACGGAGAGUUUGACCUGCUGACCCACGAGUGGACCGACGGGAUCCUGUCCACCCUGGUCCGAGAGGGCACCUCCGCGACAGACUCAGACAAGCGCUGGUACAUGUUUGAUGGCCCCGUGGAUGCAGUGUGGAUUGAGAACAUGAACACUGUGCUGGACGACAACAAGAAGCUCUGUCUGAGCAGCGGAGAGAUCAUCAAACUGACUGAACACAUGACCAUGAUGUUCGAGGUGCAAGAUCUUGCAGUGGCGUCCCCUGCCACAGUGUCGCGCUGUGGUAUGGUGUACCUGGAGCCCCAGAGCCUGGGCAUCAUGCCGUUUGUGGAGUGUUGGCUGAAGAAGCUGCCUGCCUGCAUUGUCCCUCACAUGGAGAAGCUACAGAGUCUGUUCAACAACUUCCUGGAGGACGCGCUCAAGUUCAAGAACGAAAACAUGAAGGAAUACGUGCCAGCAGUGGAUGGAAACUUGGCCUUCAGCCGAAGAAGACUGCGGGACUGUUUCUUCCCACCCUUUCUUCCAAAGGAGGGGGAACCACCCGUCCCUGAGGAAAAACUGAUGAGAAUUGAGGAGUUGAUCGAGCCGUGGUUCGUGUUUUCCCUGAUCUGGUCCGUUGGCGGAACGUGCACCAACGAGGGGCGCGUACGCUUCAGCCAAUGGGUGCGGGAGCGAAUGGUGAAGGAGAACAUCGUCCUGCAGUUCCCCAGCGAGAACCUCGUGUACGACUACCGCUUGGACGAUGCUGGGGUCAGCAAGAAACCCUCAAAGGAUGACAUGGUGGAGGAGGAAGAGGGAGGAGCAGCAAAGCCGAUCCGCUGGACGAGCUGGAUGGACGGGCUCCCCGAGGUCAACAUCUCGCUGGAAACCCGAUACUCCGACAUCAUCGUCCCCACCAUGGACACUAUCCGUGGUGCCGCCAUUACUGAGCUCCUCCUGACCAAUAACAAAAAGGUGCUGUGUGUGGGACCCACGGGGACAGGUAAGACCCUGACUAUCCAGGACAAGUUGUCCCGCGGGAUGCCGCCCGAGUUCCUGUCUGACUUCAUCGCCUUCUCUGCACGGACCAGCGCUAACCAGACACAGGAUCUCAUUGACAGCAAACUGGACAAACGGAGGAAGGGUGUGUUUGGGCCCCCACUGGGGAAGACUUUCAUCAUCUUCAUUGAUGACAUGAACAUGCCGGCGCUGGAGGUGUACGGAGCACAGCCGCCGAUCGAACUCAUCAGGCAGUACAUGGACCAUGGAGGAUGGUAUGACCGCAAGAUGAUCGGUGCCUUCCACAACCUGGUGGACAUCACCUUCAUCUCUGCGAUUGGUCCUCCCGGUGGCGGGCGGAACCCCAUCACGCCGCGUCUUCUGCGUCACUUCAACUACCUCAGCUUCACAGAGAUGGAGGACUUCAGCAAGCGGCGUAUCUUUGCCACCAUCCUGGGAGCGUGGAUGCAGGGGGUCCCCGUGGAGAAGGACAUUAACGGGAAACUUGUGGACGCCACGAUCGAGAUGUACAACACCAUCACCACACAGCUGCUGCCCACCCCCGCCAAGAGUCACUACACCUUCAACCUGAGAGACUUGUCCAAGGUCUUCCAGGGUAUCCUGAUGGUGGAGCCAGGUAAGGUGGAGAAUCUGGAGGCUCUCCUGCGUCUCUGGUACCACGAGGGCUGCCGCGUGUUCAAGGAUCGUCUGGUGGACGACACUGACCGUGGAUGGUUCGACAACCUGUCUAAGGAAAAGAUGGUGAAGCUCGGCGUGCCAUUUGAAGAGGCAGUUCCCCAGCUGCCGGUGCUGUUUGGUGACUUCAUGCAGCCCAACUCCGACAACAAACUGUACAACUACAUCAGCGACAUCCCCAAAAUGGUACAGAUCAUGGUGGACUAUCUGGAUGACUACAACCAGAUCAACACAGCUCGGAUGCGGCUGGUGUUGUUUAUGGACGCUGUGCAGCACGUCUGUCGGAUCAGCCGCAUCAUUCGCCAGCCACUCGGCAAUGCCCUUCUGCUUGGCGUGGGAGGGAGCGGACGCCAAAGUCUCACCAGGCUGGCAACCCACAUGGCUGAGUAUGAUGCAUUCCAAAUUGAGCUGUCAAAGAACUACGGAACUACGGAGUGGAGAGAGGAUCUGAAGUCUAUCAUGCUGAAGGCAGGCCUGGAGAGCAAGCCUAUGGUUUUCAUCUUCCCAGACACACAGAUCAAGAGCGAAGCCUUCCUGGAGGACAUCAACAAUAUCCUGAACUCGGGAGACGUGCCCAACAUCUACGCUCAGGACGAGCUGGACAACAUCUACACCUCCAUGAAACCUAUCGUACAGGACGCUGGGAUCGCGCCAACCAAAACCAACCUGUACCAGGCCUACACCAAGAGGGUCCGGAGUAACACCCACAUGGUGCUCUGUAUGAGCCCGAUCGGAGAGGUGUUCCGUGCCCGCCUGCGCCAGUUCCCGUCGCUGGUGAACUGCUGCACGAUCGACUGGUUCAGCGAGUGGCCUGCGGACGCCCUGACCUCCGUGGCAAACACCUUCCUGCAGGAGAUCCCCGACAUCGACAGCACGGAUCAGGCCCUCAUGGACGGACUGGUGAAGAUGUGCAUGGCGAUGCAGGUGACGGUGGCACAGAAGUCCCAGCAGUACCUGGCAGAGCUGUCCCGACACAACUACGUCACCCCCACCAGCUACCUGGAGCUGCUGGGAAUCUUCUCCAAGCUGCUGGGAAUGAAGAAACAGGAGCUGAACACCGCCAGGAACAGGAUGAAGACUGGAUUGGAUAAGCUCCUGGCCACAGCUGAUGAGGUAGCCAAGAUGCAGGAGGAACUGGAGACGAUGAAGCCACUUCUGGAGGAGGCCUCCAAGGAGACUGUCGUUACCAUGGAGAAGAUCGCUAAAGAUACUAUUGUUGCUGAGGAAACCCGUAAGGAAGUGGUUCAGCAGGAGACGGAGGCCACUGCCAAGGCCAAGGAGGCCCAGGCCAUCGCAGACGAUGCUCAGAAGGACCUGGACGAGGCUUUACCGGCUCUGGACGCCGCCCUGGCCAGUCUGAAGUCUCUCAACAAGAACGAUGUCAUUGAGGUGCGUGCCAUGCAGCGCCCGCCCGGCGGUGUGCGGAUGGUGAUCGAGGCUGUCUGCAUCAUGAAGAGUAUCAAACCCAAGAAGGUUGCCGGAGACCAGCCUGGCAAGAAGGUGGAUGACUACUGGGACCCCGGCAAGGCUCUGCUGCAGGACCCUGGCAAGUUCCUGGAGAGUCUCUUCAAGUAUGACAAGGACAACAUCCCAGACAGCGCCAUCAAGUUGAUCCAGCCGUACAUCGACAACGAGGAGUUCCAGCCCGCCGCCAUCGCCAAAGUGUCCAAGGCCUGCACCUCCAUCUGCCAGUGGGUGCGCGCCAUGCACAAGUACCACUUCGUGGCCAAGUCGGUCGCUCCUAAGAGGGCUGCCCUUGCAGGUGCACAGGAAGACUUAGCCCGGACCCAGGCCAUCCUGGAGAAGGCUAAGGCCCAGCUGGCCGAGGUGGAGGAGGGUAUCGCCACGCUCCAGGCUAAAUACGAGGAGUGCGUCGCCAAGAAGGAUGAACUGGAACAGAAGUGUGACGAGUGUGAACAGAGACUGAUUCGAGCUGACAAGUUGAUUGGCGGGCUGGCAGACGAGAAGAUUCGUUGGGCGGAGUCGGUUAAGUACCUGGAGAAGAUGGUGGACAACGCCGUCGGAGACGUGCUGGCAGCGUCUGGAGCAGUGGCAUACCUGGGAGUCUUCACUGGUGAAUACCGCCAAGACCUGCUGAACCUGUGGAUCGAGGGGCUAAAGGAGAACGGAGUGCCUCACUCUCAGGAGCAGUCCCUGACAAGCACACUGGGAGACCCCGUCAAGAUUCGCAGCUGGCAGAUCGCGGGGCUGCCGCGCGACAACCUGUCAGUGGAGAACGGUAUCGUGGUUCAGUUCUCGCGCCGAUGGCCGCUCUUCAUCGACCCUCAGGGGCAGGCCAACAAAUGGGUGAAGAACAUGGAAAAAGAUAACGGUCUGGAUGUGAUGAAACUGACAGAUCGUGACUUCCUGAGAAGUCUGGAGAACGCUGUGAGGUUCGGUAAACCGUGUCUACUGGAAAACGUGGCUGAGGAGAUGGACCCUGCACUGGAACCCAUUCUGCUCAAACAGACCUUUAAGCAGUCAGGCAGUACUGUGAUCAAGCUGGGUGAUGCUGUGAUUCCGUACCACGAUGACUUCAAGUUCUACAUCACCACCAAACUGCCCAACCCUCACUACACUCCCGAAGUGUCCGCUAAAGUUACACUUGUCAACUUCACUCUGUCUCCUAGUGGUCUCGAAGACCAGCUGCUAGGCAUCGUGGUUGCAGAGGAGCGCCCUGAUCUCGAGGAGGCGAAGAAUCAGCUGAUCGUGUCCAACGCCAAGAUGAAACAGGAACUGAAGGAGAUCGAAGACAAGAUCCUGUACCGCCUCAGCUCCUCAGAAGGAAGUCCUGUGGACGAUGUAGAUCUUAUCAAGACCUUGGAGGCCUCCAAGGUCAAGUCUGCAGAGAUCAAGGCUAAAGUGGUGGUUGCGGAGCAGACAGAGAAGGACAUCGAUGAGACGCGGUCCCAGUACAUCCCUGUGGCCGUCCGCACACAGAUCCUCUUCUUCUGUGUCACAGACCUGGCCAAUGUAGACCCCAUGUACCAGUACUCCCUGGAAUGGUUCAUUUCCAUCUUCCUGAACGGCAUCGCCAAUGCUGAAAGAGCAGAAAAGAUCGAGCAGCGUAUCGAGAACAUCAACGAGUACAUGACGUUCAGCCUGUACAGUAACGUGUGCCGCUCGCUGUUCGAGAAACACAAGCUCAUGUUCGCCUUCCUGCUGUGCGCCCGCAUCCUCAUGAACGAUGGGAAGAUCGACAUGGAUGAGUGGAGGUACCUGCUUGCCGGUGGAACCUUGGUGCCGAAGGAUCUGCCUAAUCCCGCCCCACAUUGGCUGUCGUCUCGGUCCUGGGGAGACAUCCUCACCCUGCAGGCACUGCCCAAGUUUUCAUCAUUUGCUGAAGACUUCCUGAACCACCUUGAAGGCUUCAAGGGGAUAUUUGACAGCCUUGAGCCCCACCGCGAGGACCUUCCCGGCCCGUGGAAGACGGAUCUGGACACGUUCCAGCGGAUGUUGGUCAUCAAGUGCCUGCGGUCGGACAUGGUCACCAACGCCAUGCAGGACUAUGUUGCGCACAUGCUGGGCCAGAGGUUCAUCGAGCCACAGACUGCAGACCUGUCCGUGACAUACCGGGACUCGUCGCCCACCACACCGCUCAUCUUUGUCCUGUCCACGGGAACGGACCCUGCAGCCGACCUGUACAAGUUUGCAGAGGAGAUGAGAUUCUCCAAGAAACUCAACUCCAUUUCCCUUGGACAGGGACAGGGUCCCCGUGCUGAAGCCAUGAUGCGGUCGGCCAUGGAGCGCGGGAAAUGGGUGUUCUUCCAGAACUGCCAUCUCUCGCCCAGCUGGAUGCCUACGCUUGAGCGUCUUAUCGAGAACAUCGACUCUGACAAGGUCCACCGUGACUUCCGCCUGUGGCUGACGUCCAUGCCCAGCCCCAAGUUCCCCGUGCCCAUCCUCCAGAACUCCUCCAAGAUGACUGUGGAACCUCCAAGAGGCAUCAAGGCCAACCUGCUCAAGUCUUACACUGGUUACAACGACGACUUCCUGAACUCGUGUACCAAGCCGGACACCUUCAAGUUCCUGCUGUUCUCCCUGAGUGUGUUCCACGGUACGGUGAUCGAACGGAGGAAGUUUGGCGCUCUGGGCUUCAACAUUCCGUACGAGUUCACGGACGGCGACCUGCGAAUCUGUGUCAGCCAGCUGAAGAUGUUCCUGGACGAGUACAAGGAGAUUCCCUUCAAGGUCCUGACGUAUACUGCAGGUCACAUCAACUACGGCGGGCGUGUGACGGACGACUGGGACCGGCGCACGAUGAUGAACAUCCUACAGGACUUCUACGGAGACAAGGUGCUGAGUGAGACCCACAUGUUCUCACCGUCAGGAGUCUACCAUCAGCUGAGCCCUGAGGCCGAUCAUGGGACCUACAUGGCGUACAUCAAGAGCCUCCCCAUCAACGACCCAACGGAGAUCUUCGGUCUCCACGACAACGCUAACAUCACGUUUGCGCAGAACGAGACCUUCACCAUCCUGAAGGAGCUGGUCAGCAUGCAGCCCAAGACAUCCAGCAGCACUGGCAAGUCACGGGAGGAGGUUAUGGAGGACACAGCUCGAGGUAUCCUGGAAAAGGUACCCCCACCCGUACCUGUGGGGCCUGUCAUGGAAAAAUAUCCUGUCAUGUAUGAGGAGUCCAUGAACACUGUGGUCGUACAGGAGGUCAUCAGAUAUAAUCGUCUGCUGAACACAGUCCGACAGACGCUGAACGACCUUCUGAAGGCGCUGAAGGGUCUGGUGGUGAUGUCAGGAGAGCUCGAGGGCAUGGCCAACUCACUCUACAUCAACCAGGUCCCGACCAUGUGGGCUGGCAAGGCCUACCCAUCUCUGAAGCCCCUUGCGUCCUGAGUGGUUGACCUGGUGACCCGGAUGGAGUUCGUCCACGAGUGGAUCGACCACGGCAUCCCCACCAUCUUCUGGAUCUCCGGCUUCUUCUUCCCGCAGGCCUUCCUGACGGGCACGCUGCAGAACUUCGCCAGGUCACAGGUCAUCUCCAUAGAUACCAUCACCUUUGACUUCCAGGUGAUGCGUGAGUCCGUUGCUGAGUUGAAAGAACGUCCGGAGCACGGUGUGUACAUCCGGGGGUUGUUCCUGGAGGGAGCGCGCUGGGACUCCGUGGGCUUCCAACUGGGAGAGUCCAAACCCAAGGAGCUGUACACGGACAUGCCCGUCAUGUGGCUGAAACCCAUGCCCAACCGCAAGCCGCCGACCACCGGCAUCUACCUGUGUCCCGUCUACAAGACUCUGCAGCGAGCAGGUACUCUGUCCACCACUGGUCACUCCACAAACUACGUUGUCGCUGUUGAGAUUCCCACAGACAAGGAACAGUUCCACUGGAUCAAGAGGGGGGUGGCUCUCUUCUGCGCCCUCAACUACUAAACCAUGAGUUAGAGUAAACUCUCAUGACAACUGUUCAUAAAUCGAUAAACAUAGUGCCUUACAACUCUUGUAAAGCUAUUGCUGCUAAACUCAACACCUUUCCAGAUUGCUCUGUUUUUGUGUCAUUAUGUUGAAAGAAAGAAUUUUGUCCUAAAUGUUAAAAGUGCCUUAUGUCUCCAAAAUUAAAUCUUUAAGAAGCACAAAUAAUAAACACUCACAGUCUAUUCCAAAAUAGCAAAGAAAAUAUGUCCAGAAAUUUGCUAAAAAGUUUGUAUAUACUUGUGAAGUUUGAACAAUUGAUUUGAAUAGAUGUUACAGAAUUUCUAUUUUCACGAACCCACUGUGGUGUGUUUUCUAUAGUUUUGUGUGUACAUGUAUGUAUAUAGACUGAAAAUAGUGAUUAAAUAUUCUAAUGGAAA